UUCAAGGGAGUUUGCGGGAGAUAAAGGGGAAGGGGCCCUGGUAGGCCGAUGCAGGGAUGGGGGAGAAGAAGCUAAGGUGGCACCAAAAAAGAAAUAUAACGGAGCGAACCGAAAAAGAAGUUCGCGGAGGUGCCAGUGAAAGUGCAGGCAAACAUAUGCUUGAAGCAUGCAACAAUAAUCUGGAAAUGGCUGUCACUAUGUUCCUUGAUGGUGGAGGCAUUGCUGAAGAACCCAGCACUAGUUCUGCAAGUGUAUCAAACCUGCGACCACAUACAGAAGAUGAAGUGAGGGCACCUAUUCCUCAAAAACAAGAAAUUCUGGUAGAACCCGAACCCUUAUUUGGUGCACCAAAAAGACGCAGACCAGCUCGUUCAAUAUUUGAUGGCUUUCGGGAUUUCCAGACAGAAACUAUUCGGCAGGAGCAAGAAUUGAGAAAUGGAGGAGCCAUAGAUAAGAAGCUCACUACCCUUGCAGAUCUCUUCAGACCGCCAAUUGAUUUGAUGCAUAAAGGAAGCUUUGAAACAGCCAAGGAAUGUGGUCAAAUGCAGAACAAGUGGCUCAUGAUUAAUAUACAGAAUGUGCAGGAUUUUGCCUGUCAAUGUCUCAAUCGUGAUGUUUGGAGCAAUGAUGCUGUAAAAAAUAUUAUCCGGGAACACUUCAUUUUUUGGCAGGUAUACCACGACAGUGAGGAAGGACAAAGAUACAUACAAUUCUAUAAAUUGGGAGAUUUCCCUUAUGUGUCUAUCCUGGACCCCAGGACAGGGCAGAAACUAGUGGAAUGGCAUCAAUUAGAUGUAACUUCUUUUUUGGACCAAGUGACUGGGUUCCUAGGUGAACAUGGACAACUGGAUGGACAUUCCACUAGCCCUCCCCAGAAACGUACUCGCUCAGAGAGCUUGAUUGAUGCGAGUGAAGAUAGCCAGUUGGAAGCUGCAAUCAGGGCAUCAUUACAGGAAACACAUUUUGACUCUGAACAAAUCAAGCAGGAAAGCAGAUCAGAUGAAGAGUCUGAAUCAGAGCUUUUCUCCGGAAGUGAGGAGUUUAUUUCUGUUUGUGGUUCUGAUGAUGAUGAGCCAGAAAGUUCUGCCAAAUCUAGAAAAUCUCCACACAAGGAUUUGGGAUGUAGAAAAGAGGAAGGCAGAAAACCUCAACCUGAACCAAGAACUGAACCCGAGAUGACAAUAAACCACAGGGGACUAUCUUCUCUAGAUUCAGGAGUGCUAGAAGAAACUGGAACUAAGCCAGAAGAUUUACAGAAGGAACCAAGCGUGAAUGGACCAAAAGCACAACUAAUGUUAAGAUAUCCAGAUGGGAAGAGGGAACAGAUUUCAUUGCCUGAACAAGCUAAGCUUCUGUGGACAACCAACUUGCACAAUGAAGCGCAGAAAUUGGAGGCAGUUACAUUAAGGCUAGUAGCCAUUGAUCCUCAAGACUUCCAUGAAUUGAUCCAACCCUUUAUGAAGUCAACCAAGCUGAUAGCCAGUACCACAUCUUGCAAAAAUAUAAUAACCUUCAUGCAUGGACUAUUUUGCAUUUCUAUUCAGCAGCGAAAUACCAAGGCUCUCAUCCGACAUGUACAGUCAAAAGGAUACCCCAAUGAACGUUUUGAACUCCUCACCAACUUUCCCCGGAGGAAACUCUCCCAUCUGGACUAUAACAUUACAUUGCAGGAAGCUGGUCUUUGUCCACAAGAAACUGUAUUUGUUCAGGAAAGGAAUUAAUUUUCUCCCUUGUCAUCUUCACCUACAGUACUAACUAGUACAUAUGCAGAAUCGAAAACAGGCAGCCAUUUGCUGAUUUCUCUUUCUUCCCAUUCUGUAUGCUAUCCUCAGUAAGUGAACAAAAUGAAAAUGGCAGAAAAAGUUCAUUUGGUAUUGAUGCUGGAAGAAAGCUUAUGUGUUCAGUAGUUUGUUGCUGUUUCAAAAUAAAGUUGCCUAUACAUCCAGCAUGCUGCAGAAGAGAACACCAAGAGCAAGAAUAAUUUUCUUCCCCUGAGAAAAAGAAAUCUUUUUCAUUUUUCAAAAAUCAUAUAACCAGUCAUUAAGGAAUUCUUCAGACAACCAUGUCAAUAUAUGCAAUCUACCUACAUGGAAGAGAUUUUGUGUUUCCAAUUGACAUGUGCAUUGUUUGGUUUUCAGCAUGUGUUCUUUUUCCUUGGGUUCCACAUGUUCUGAAAUCAGAAUGCUUCCUAUAUGGCUGCUGGUUGCAUGUAAUAAAAUGUCACACAUUUAUUGUGCACAGGCUUUUUAGGAAAGAAGCAUAGGUUUUAAUGACUAUGUGAAGAGAUUUUGUGUUUUGGCUACAAGUCAAGAAAAAAACAAAUGAUGUGCUAGAUUUAUUGCCCAAGUAACCUUUCAUAAAUCAUUGACUUUGCAAAAGGGACUGUAGAAUGUGGUACAUGAAAGUGUCUAUUUUAAAUUGAUUUGUAUGUACUGCUUUUGUUAGAGAGGAAUGUCGUAAUAAAGAAAAAUAAUAGAUGUACUUAGUGGUAUAAAGUUGCCUUGUGUAACCCAGAACUGCAGGCUUCCUCCUUUUCACAGUUAAAAUUGUAGAAAGAGAAUUGAUUUCUCUUCUUUUCUUUUCUUUUUUUUUCCAAAAUGUUACCAGCAGUGAAACAUUCAUAGAGAUUAAAUAUAAAACAUAUAAAACAUCUUCUUAAGGUUUUCGUUCACUACUCUGCCAUUUGGAUGUUUUUCCCACUGACAUUUAGUGAACGCGCACAGAUUCUGGGCUCCAAGCAAGCAUUUUUUUCAGUAAUUUUAAAAAAUUUUGAUGAACAAUUUGAUGAAUUUAAUUAAGUUAAUAAAAUUCAAUUAAAGUACAAACCAGUAAACAUGGUUUCCCAACAAUAAAUACGGUUUGAAAAAAACAAAGAAAUAGCUGCUUGCCAUCAUUUGUUCUAAACGGCCAAAAAAUUAUAGAUGUGCUCCAGAUUUUAUACAAUGGCAGCUGAGUGUUGGAUCAUUUUGGAUAUGGUAAUAUUUGGUGUUAAACUGUAGUAGGAAGGGUUGUAUUGCCAUUACAUUUUAUUGAUCCAUGUAUGUGAAUUUAAGGAUUAAAGAUACUUAUACUGCAUUGUAGAAUGAAAACAUUUCCCUGCUUAGUUUUUUUUCCUGUACAGAUACUAGUAACAGAUAUAAGACAAAUGUAACAUGGAUUAAUAAGUGUUUUAUACAUAGGCCACAAUUGCUUUUAUGUUCAAAACCAUGCAGCUAUUGUGUUCCUAAAUUAAUGGAGACCCAGCAAUAUACUCAGUAACAAAUCUAGCUUUAAAUAUAAAAUGUUUUUUAAAAUUGAUGCCUACAAACAUUUGAGACAUACGUAAAAAGAACAGUGAAGGUUGAUGCUCUAGUUAGUAUUAUCUGUUAAAAUUUAUCUAGACUAUUCGUAUCAAAUAUUGUCUACUGUUGCUCUAACUUUUUUUUUAACCAUCUUUCACACUUUAUUUUUCCUUCAAUUUUCUUGUGACCUUUCCUUCUGUCUUACCUUUCAGAAAUCUUUUAAAGUUCUUGAUCUGCUCUAAAAAGCUAUUCCUAUCUGUAUAUGAGCUGUGUGAUGUUUCAUCCAAACUAAUAACUUGUUUACUCAUAAAUUUAUUAUAUACAGAAAUCUGGAAAUGUUUGUAAAAGUUCCAUAUGCUUGGAUAGGCUCAGGUGUCAGUAGCUAUCCUACAAAAGUUCAGAAUAAGAUCUGCAUUUUCUACCAUAUUUAAAGAAAAUUUUUAAAAGCCUUUAAUCAGUUUGUUAAACUCCUUAGCAGUUUAUAAACUACUGGAAGAAUGGCAGUGGUAAUCGCCACAAGUCAUUAAACUUUAUUUUUUAAAUCUUCCAACACAAAUAUAAUGUUUUCCUUGUUCAGUAGUUUAUACCAAUUUAACCCAGCUCCUAUCCCACCCCAAAUCCAUGUAGGUAUCAAUUAGUAAAUUAUAUCAGGGCCUUUUAUUCCCCACUGCUGAGCAUAAGGAUGUAACAAUAUGCCAGAUGAGCUUUUCUGGAGAAGGAUUUCUACAGUUACUAUAAAAAAAGACACCUUUGGAUUUACCUUGUCCUGCACCUAAUCAUAAACAUAUGGAUCACUUUCUUUCACUCUUGUUUUAUUACAGCAGCAAAAGUAGAUCUGAUCUUUUCUCAGAAUUUCUUGCACUUAAUGUUGGCAUUGCCUUUAAAUGGAAAGUGCUUUCAUUCAUAUUCGGAGCAGUUCUCAAAAUACCCUGAAAUUGUACCAGUUAUUUUGGUAGCACAUUAUUGAUCAUUAAAGGUCAGAUUUCAUACCCGCUGUUGUCCAUGAGGCAAACAGAAUAUUGCAUAUGCUUAGUACCAGGGGAAAAUGUACCCUGGAAAUUGCAGCCUGUUCUCUUGUGUGAUUUGCUAUUUUUGCCUUGCUUUGUCUUGCUAACUGCAAGCUUUAGCCAGCCUCCACUUCCCCUGAAUAUGGACCCUGACUACCCAAAGGUUGCCCAAUGCAGAUAAUAAAGGCCCUCCUAUAAUACAACCCACAAGAUUUCUGGCCUAGUACUGUUGAGUAUGCUAGAGAUUAGGUAAGCAGCAAACUUGUUUCUACAUGUCCACUACUUCCCUUAACAAAAUCUAUAAAAAAGUGUGAAUGGCAUGUUUGGAGUGGAGCUGAUUCAAGCACAGAAACCAGGAUAACUGCAAAAAUUUUCAUUUAAUCAACAUUUAGUUAAUUUUUUAUAACUUUAUCUUACAUAUCUUCCAUUUAUUGAUUUUUAUUCUUAUCCUUAAAAUAGUCUGGAAGUUGAAUCAUGGCAACUGGAUUUCUUUUUGGUUGAAACCUUUCGCUGCUCAUCCAAGUAGUUUCUUCAGCCAGAAGAAAAAUAAUUUAGCAAAAUAUCCUUAAAAGAUUUAGAUGAGUACCUGAAGGCCUUAUGUAUGGUGGUUCUAAGAUAUUCUGAGAAGGAGAGAACUGUAGAAAGUGUCUUCCAAGCGGAAAAGCAGCACAUAAAUCUUAAAUUAGGAACAAAAUUAUUAUAAUUGGAUAAUUUAAAAGUUAUUGUUACUAACAUUUUUACAAGUUUUUGUUUUAAAGCUUACUGUUCAAGGAAUAUGGAUAUGAAUUAUGUAAAAGAUGUUGUGAAUCCAUGCCUGAUUCUAGAUUGUCCUCUGUUGUUUCUAGACCUAAACAUCAUUCUAUCUUAUGUAAAAUAAUUUUUAUAUUGUUAUUUCUAGAGACAAUUUUUAGCAAAAAAAAUGAAUAGAACCUAUUGGGGGUUCUAGUAUUUCAAUCCUAUUUUAAUUUGCUAUUGAAGCAGAUUAGUGGUCACAGAGAACUUUGAAAGGAUCUUUGGAGGACUAGCACUCCCCCCCCCCCCGCACACAAAACUAAACAACAACGCAUUGCUGGCAGUUGGAGUUUAGGGAGUGUCUAAUGCAAUCAAUUGAUAAACAACAAUAAUGUUUGAUAUUGACAAGCCUACCAUCUGCAAAAUCAUUUGAGAUUACCUCUUCAUUGGCAUUUUUUCACUUUUAAAUAUGUGGCAUUGUUGCUGGUGUAAUAUUAGAAGGUGAAUUCAAAAGGCAUUCCAAAAUUUUAAAAUGAAAGUUUUAUCUGUUUGGAGAAAUUGAGAUAUUAGUAUUAUCAAUAUUUAAGUUUGAAGGAUGUGAUUUGGAUUCUGAUAAAAUUAUGAUUCCUUCAAAAUCCAUUAACUUUUUAAAGUUGGAUUGCUAGCUUUAUAUUGUUAUAACUUGAGCUAUGUAAAACUGUUGUCUACACUGUUAAUAGCCAUUUCUUUUAAUUAUGAUAUAAUUUUAAGAUGGGGGAAGAGAUUUCACGUGCUGUGAUGAGAACGAUCAAACUCAAGGCAACCUCUGAUCUAUAUGUACAACUGCUGCAUUUUUAUAAAUAUGUGUAAAUGUCCUUCCUAAUGUAAUAUUUUGAUCCUGAAAAUAAAUCAGACAUUUUCACUA